CCCCCCCCCCGACACACGCACACACUCACUGCCGUUACGCCACAAGGCCAGGAGACCGUCUGCUUUCUAACACGCACUGAAGAGCUAUGCAUAUAACUCAGCUGAAUCGGGAGUGCCUUUUACAUCUGUUUUCUUUUCUGGACAAAAACAGCAGAAAAAGUUUAGCAAAAACAUGUCACAAAAUGCUAGAAGUGUUUCAAGAUCCUUUACUGUGGUGUUUGUUGAACUUUCAUUCUCCAGUGGAACUAAAGAAGGACAAUUUUCUCCUGGGACCUGCUUUAAAGUACUUAUCCAUCUGCUGGCAUUCACAGAGAGUCAAGGUGUGUAACAUUGAGGACUGGAUGAAAAACACUUUCCAGAAAGACUUCUGUAACAGGCAUGAGAACACUGUCAAUGAUUUUUUACUAGAAGUUUGCAACAGAUGUCCAAAUCUGCUAUCUCUGACCCUCUCUGGAUGUGGCCACGUAAUGGAUGAUUGCAUUCUGCUUCUUCUCAAAAACUGCCCAAACCUCAAGACACUCAAACUGGAAAACUGCGUGCGGAUCACUGACCAGACCCUAGAAGCUGUGAUCCUCUACGGCAGAUCCCUGCAAACGCUCCAUGUGGAUUUUUGCCGGAACAUAACACAUACUGGUCUAGAGAGAGUCAGGGAAAAACGUCCUUCAGUAAUGCUGAGAGCAGAACGAAGUGCGAAUAUGAUCCCAGACAACAAGCCAGAAAAAAAGCUGACGCUUGAAAAAGCAUCAAGAAAACUGGUUCAGCUUUAACUGGAACACGCUCUAUGAAGUCGGUCAGCGUGGCUCGUGCACUUCACUUCCGCCUUCCUGCGGGGCGGCCGAGCUGCAAUUAACUACGGCUCCUUAGCUGCACCCUGGGUUAACUCCAAACACGUGGCUGGUAAAUUCUGUAAAGGCUCCACUGGGAAAAUACGCGUCUCCGCCAUCACAGUCUUGAGACAUUUUGUUGUCUGCUGUUUCUUGAAACUGGAAAAUUCUACAUUUCUGUCACAAGAUGUUAGAUGUAAUUAAGGCUAAAAAACAGCGAUUCUGAUACCUUUGUGGAAGAGGGGAGGGGAGAGAAGCAAAGCAGCAGCAGAUGCUGCUUGGGUAAUUGUAUAAUCUGCUCCAGUUCCAGGGAAGGUGACUGACAACCUUCUGUAAACAGAGAUACAAGACUCAUACGUGGUCAUUCCAUCAGCUAGGGGUGACAACUACUACCCCUAAGAUCCCUCUGGCAAGCAGAUCAGGCUCUCUGCCGACCACCGCUUCCUCAGUAAUUAGAAUUUGUAGCUGAUUUGUCAGACUUAUUUAUUAACUGGGAAUAGAUACGGCAACAUGCGCAAAACACUAUUUGACCCUUUGUAUAACAUAUUUUGACAAGCUACACUUCAAGCUGUUUUUUAAAAUUGGCAUUAAAGUAAGCUAGUUUACAGAAGUAAUAGCCUAUAAGGCAAUAAUUUACAAUCUGUAAGUUAUGCAACUGUAAACGUGGUAUUAGGAAAGUGCUACAGCAAAGAGAAAAUCUGUAUUAACAUCUGUUUGUCACUGCAAGAGUAAAAGCACCCAGCUGUCCGCAUCCCAAACCACGAGCUGCCACUUUCCUGCAUACCACUCUGCCACAUGGAAAUAAAACACACUUGUGACAGGUUGCUGCAGCACGGUCUACACCAAAAUACGACACCAAGCGCUGGUCAUUUACCUUGACACAGCACGUGUUCAGCAGCUCGGGCUGGCAACGUCAGGUGCCAAGGUACCGACCUACUUCCACACGUACUUGGCCUGAAGGAAGGUGAACAUAGGCUGAGUGUCAAUUUACUCCUGCCAGUAAGGAGUAAACCGCACCUACCUUUAAAUGUUUCACCUGGCGAGUGUCUCAGUGUGUAACACUCAGGAGGAGGAUGGCGUAGCUUGUUUCUUGUUUGCGCUACAACGUGCCUUGUCGAGGAGCACUGCCUCAAGCGCUGCACGUCACCUAUGCGGGAGCAUCUCCUCCGAUUCAACCUUCCAUUAUCUUCCGUUCUGGCACGGCCUGAGCCCGACUCCUACGGAGCGUUGCGGAGAACGCAAACCUGCACGUCGUCCUCGCUCUGCCCCUGAGCUUACGCUUACCGUGCGUCUCCUCUCCCAUUCAACGCAAUUCACUGAAGAACUGUAACUUGCAAUGACAAGCGGAUAAAUGUGGCUAGUGAUGAUUUGGUUUCUCCUACAGGUAUCGGUAUAGCUUCAAUGCUGAACACAAAGCCUCGUACAGACCACGCUGACAAGCUCUACAAAUCCUGAACAACAGAAAUCCAGCUUAAUUCACAAUGAAGUCUACAGCAGAAAGAUUUCUUUUAAAAUAAAAACCUACAGAGUGUAUUUAAAUUUAGAAAUAUUAACCCUUGGAAAAUACUGUUCUGUCCCGUAGAGUCAGCGUUUCUGUUCCAUUCCACAAAAGCUAUUCACGACUUCUUCACUCCAGCAAUCCAGCGCAUACAUCACAGUACAUCUGGUUUUCAUUUACAUGAACGUGCAGUGCGUUUGUUGAUAAAUACACGAACUGGAACUUGCAUCACUGAAUCCAAUUAUAUCAAGUCUAUGAUAGUUUAAAAUAAUUUUAUAGUUUGUUGCAUCUUUAGAGUUUUAAGUGCAUCUUUGGCUAUAGCUCUGGAGACUUACAUUCUGUUAAUUACUUGUCUCCAUUUUACUUUUUGCUGUGUAACUGUAAGAUUACAAGAGCUAACAUUUCCUAUAAGGAACACAAUUAGUGACUUCUUAAAAUAGCUAUUUAACUAAUUAUUUAUGUUUGCCUUGAAUAUCCAACACGACGUAUUUUUUUUCCUUAGGGAAUGAUGUGACUGUAAUAAAUCUCUUAAAAGAUGUGUGGAAAAACUGCUAUCCAAAUAAAGCAGAUUUCUCCCUCUCACUGGCAUCUAAAAGGUAGAAACAAGUUCUGAAAUUAGGCCUCAGUUACUUAUGAGUAACUGGUUUGAUUUCUCAGCUUCUCACUGCAUUCUUUUUACUAUAUUAUCACUCCUUUAAUAAAAGUUAUAUGGAGAAAUAUUGCUUUGGGUAUCAUAAUGUAGAAUUCCUAUUUUAACUUAGCUCUGAUGCCUUAGGUAGCCUUGAAAUAAAGAGUUAUUUCAAGUGAUGUGUCAUUUUCCCUUCAUAUUUGAACAGAAAGGAAAGAAAUAUGCUAUCAAAAUUCCACUGGAAGCCAAUUCUUACUACAAAAGUAGAAUUGUAAAAUUUUAUUUCCAAUUAUUUUCUCUAAGAUGAUAAGUUUCAAUUUCAGUAAAAAUAUUUUUAUAGACUAUUUUCCUAGGGCUUGUUCUUCCUCUGCAAGAACUGAUUAACUAGCUAUGCAUUCCUGAAAAUAUUCUUUAUGUGAUGCAACAAAAAUGGAAAACGGAUUUUACAGCUUUCCACAUUAAUGAAUAUACUUACUCCUCCUUUCCAUCCUGGUUUAUUGAUCUGCAGAUACUCUCUGGUACUCUCAUAAAUUGGCUGAGCAACAAAAUAAAUCACAACAUUAUAGAAUCUUAGUGAAACAGAACUAAAAUUCCAGAGGAAUUAUCCUAUGAGUAUCUGUAAGAAACCCUCACUCAGGAGAGAAAUAAAAUAGUUAUUGCAUCUGCACAA